GUUGUAAUUCCCCAUUGCAUUUUCCUUCCCUUUUUCCACUUUGCACUCUUUUUCUCUGUUCAAUGAAAGCCACACCCUCCUAUUCCGGGAUGUGUACUUCGUUUCAAACAUCAAUUGUCCUCACAUUAAGGAAUAUAAUCAUCUAUUUCAAUAUUGUACAGAUGAGUUAUGUGCCAGGAUGGAUCCCUUAGGCCUUGGUGCAUCCAACCGGGCAUCUGACGGGACAUGGACCGCGUGAAGGAGGCGGCGGUACGGGGACAGUGACGGACUGAGCUUACUUGAAGAGGUGUGUUCGGGCCAUGGCGGGCUACUGGGAUCUUUGCCGGCGCACUUGCGUGUGCUGCCUCUCAGAGGAGGAGCAGAGGACCAUUGCCGUGGACAACGAGAUCAAGAAGCAACUCAGGAAGCAGAAGCGGAUGGAGCGGCAGCAAGUCAAAGUUCUCCUGUUGGGAACUGGUGAGAGUGGCAAAACCACCUUCAUCCGCCAGAUGAGGAUCAUCCACGGGCGGGGCUUCUCAGAGGAAGACAGGAAAGAAUUUGCGAAAUGCAUCUUCCAGAACAUCUUCACGGCCAUAAAGGCCAUGACAGGAGCAAUGAACACGCUAAAAAUUCCCUACUCCAACCCAGAUAACGAGUUCUACGCCAGUAAAGUGGAGAACGUCAACACGUUGCAUAUCACCAAGCUGGAGCGAGAUUACGUGGACGCCAUCCGCCGCCUCUGGGCCGACUCCGGCAUUCGGGUCUGCUACAGCCGACGCUGCGAGUACCAGCUCCUGGACUCCACGGAGUACUACAUGAACCAAUUGGACCGCAUCGCAGAGCCAGACUACAUCCCCACGGAACAGGACGUGCUGAGGGUCCGAUUCCCCACCACGGGUAUCCACGACUACUCCUUCACCAUCAACAAGAUUACGCUCAGGAUCGUGGAUGUAGGCGGUCAGAAGUCAGAGCGUAGGAAAUGGAUCCACUGUUUUGAGAACGUCACCUCGCUCAUCUUCCUGGCCUCCCUCAGCGAGUAUGACCAAGUCCUGGAGGAGAGGAACACCAUUAACCGCAUGGAGGAGAGCCUGGCUUUGUUCUACACCACCAUCCAUUCACCGUGGUUCCACAACACCUCCACCAUCCUCUUCCUCAACAAAACUGACAUCCUGGCUGACAAAAUACUAACCUCUGACCUGAAGAAAUACUUCCCCGGUUUCACGGGUCGGAGACAGGACGCGGAGGAGGCCAAAAAAUACAUCCAAAAGCUAUACCGGCAGCAGACCAACAACCCGGAUAGCAAGGAGGAAGGAAAAAGCCUCUACCUGCAUCACACGUGCGCCACAGACACGGACAACAUCCGCAAGGUGUUCAGCGACAUUAAGGACACGGUGCUGCUCAGGUCUCUGAAAGAGUACGGCAUCUUCUGAACAUUGGAAACAGCACUUUGGAUGACCGUUUGUGAGACUAUCUGGAGAAGGACGGUGAGAAUGAAGACCAGUUUUUCUUCCACAAGUAAAAGAGGCGGACACGGACAGGCCACUGGCUUAUAGACAGACAAGCAUCCAUCCAUAAUCGAAAACGCGGGUCCCGCUAGGGUUGCGGGUGAGAUGGAACCUAUCAACAGCGGACUUUGGUCGCCAGCCAAUCAGCGUGCACAUACUGUAUAGACGAACAACCAUUUGCAUUCUCAUUUGUGUGUGUGUCGCGGUCAGGUUUGGGUCACGAGGCUUUCAUUGGAAAGUUCCUUCAGGUAGCCCAAAUUGUAAUUUUUCUACAAGACCCGAUGAAAGUAAAUUAUCCAACACGUUGCACAGUGUUUUAUAUUGACUAUUACGCCUUGUACAUAGAGCUAGCAUUAAGUACUAUCACCGCUCCAUCUGCGGGGACAUUGUCCUGUUCAUCUACAGUACAUUCAGCGUGAAAGUUCACACCCAGCGUAGCAGCACUUUCAGAGUUCAAACGGCUUUCCGAGCAGAAAACGCAAAUUUGUGUUACAGUGGCAACUCCGAGCGCAAACACAAUUUGCACCGUAGGAAACAAAGGCAAUACACUGAAUCCAUUCCAGUUAUUAUCGUUGAAAGCCAUUUUUUAAAAAAGAUCUUCACACAAAAUAGUCACAUAAAAAUAGUAAAAUGCUUCCUUAACUUGGAACCAAUCUGUUUUUGAAGUGAAUAUUGCCCUGUUUGAAGUAACUGUCAACAAUUAUAGGUGUGUAAUUACGAGGUGGCUCAGCGUUUAACCCUUUCAGGGAAAGCGGUUACUACAGUGGACAGCUAAUCGAGUUAUCCGGUGACAGGGUGCAUGAAAGGGUUAAUUAACAGUGUUAUGGCAGCUAUCUACUUAAUCUGAAGAUGGGGGCCAGGGAAAAUGAAAAUGGCCCCCUACAAUGGUUUCUGAUUGUUUAUAGUCAUGGUUUAAACUAAAAUAUCUGACAAACUACAAUCCCAGAAUUUCCGCUAACAACCCAGGCUAAACGCAGCUCCGAUCAGACAUAAAGUCUUUGUGGAAAUGUCAUCACAUCACUUCAACAUAGUUCCGUGACACAAUUUGCAAGAGGGGGCUGCUGUCCCACUUACACUAAAGACAACGUUCAAUUGUUUCCAAUUUUUUGGAACAGGGCAAACCAAACUAGCAAAAGGCAAUGAGCCACAUGCUUCUUCAUCGAGACAUUCGCCGACCGCGUAGCAAUGUUGAUCACUUUUUAGUAAAAGCUAAAAACAAUAAACGCACUUUGCCCACCUAAAGUGAUGACACCGGUGAUUCAGGGUGAGCAAUGUUCAAAUAUCAGCGUGUUCUUAAUUAUGAAUUAUUUAUGACAUUUGAGGAGGUUGGAAAAGUGGGAGCUCCUCAUUAGCUUCACAAAUGCGUCUAUAUUGUUGAUUGAUUGACUGUAUUUGUUUGUGUCACCCUGUUGAACGAUGUCUUUUACUCAAUCACGUCGUGAGGAGUCACUCGUUUGUCAGCAGAUUUUGGUGAAAAGGAGGGGGCGCAAAUAUUAAAAACCGGUGAACACGUGAAGAUAAUAUUUGCUCUUUUUGAACAGUUGGAAGUCUUUGUCACCUUACAUGCCGACAAGAGAUCGAGUGGAUUUAUAACAGCGGUGAGACUUAAUUAAAAGGAAAUCUCCCUCAA